CGCCAGGCGUCAGCUCAGUCAGUUGUUGUCUUGCGAUCUGACAUCUUUAACUAGGUUUACUGUAAGUUGUCUCAUGGUCUUUGCAUCCGACUUGUCAUUUACGUUUUCCGAACGAAAGAAUGGCAUCCCGUGCAUUACUGCGACAAUGUGCGAUUGGAAUUAACGAGAACAAUCUUGGAUGGAGCAGAUUAUUUUCGAAUAAAAGUAUAGAAGUGGAAAAGAAACCAGCAGUGCGUAAGAAUUUUCAAGAGGCUGUACUAUCGAAAGAAGAAACUGAAUAUCUAGAAGCUUUGAAAAACCCAAUUACUGUAACUGAUGAAAAUGUAGGAUAUGUAUCUGGUGUUCCCGAGGAACAUAUCAAAACUCGCAGAGUGCGGAUUUAUCAGCCUGCCAAAAGUGCCAUGCAAUCUGGAACAAAUAACACUCAGUUUUGGCAGAUGGACUUUGAUACACGUGAACGCUGGGAGAAUCCACUGAUGGGAUGGACUUCUAGUGGAGAUCCCAUGUCAAACAUCCAAGUUAAUUUUGCAACCAAAGAAGAGGCAAUCGCACACUGCAAGAAGAUGGGUUGGGAGUAUUAUGUGCAGAAACCAAACCUCAAUCAGCCAAAACCUCGCAGUUAUGGAAUAAAUUUCUCUUGGAAUAAACGUACCAGAGUUUCAACUAAAUAAUAGGCUUCAUCAAGCUAAUUACUUAUGUGAUAGCAAUGAUGAGCACAUUACUAAUUGUAGUCAUUUAAUAUAAGAAGUCUUGUAACAAAUAUGUAUCAUAAUGCAAAUAAUU